CCUGGAAAUGUGGAAACAGAGGAUGAGAGAGAAUUUACGUACGUAGUGGGCGAGGAGAGAGGGCCAGAUCACUGGGGAGAGUUGCAUGAAGAAUGGAGUGCCUGUGGAAAUGGGCGGCAGCAAUCUCCCAUUGAUGUGGUGAAGGAGAGGGCUAAAAUAUAUCCUGAUCUGGGCCAACUGCGCAGGAUUUAUCGCCCUGCAAAUGCAACCCUCGUCAACAGAGGCCAUGAUAUUAUGUUGAAGUGGCCUACAGGCGCUGGCAGUAUUGAGAUAGAGGGUAGAAGAUAUCAGCUUAAUCAAUGUCAUUGGCACUCCCCAGCUGAGCAUACUGUAAAUGGCAGAAGGUAUCCUCUAGAAAUGCAUCUUGUACAUGAAUCAGAAGACAACAAAAUUGCAGUUGUUGGAAUUCUUUACACUUAUGGACGGCCUGAUACCUUUCUUGCAGAGUUAAUGGAUGAAAUUGCCUCCAUUUCUGAUAUGGAGCCUCCAGAUGAAGCCCUCGGUAUAGUUAAUCCCAGGCACAUCAAAGUGGGUAGUAGGAAGUAUUAUCGUUACAAUGGAUCUCUCACAACUCCACCUUGCACUGAGGGAGUCACUUGGAACAUCGUCCACAAGGUGAGGACUGUAUCACGAGAACAAAUCAGAGCUCUGCAUGAGGCAAUACACGAUGAACAUGAAAAGAAUGCACGACCCAUCCAAUCUACAAACGGAAGAAUAGUGAAAAUGUACAAACCUGACAAUCCUCAAUUACAUUAA